AUGUUGCAGACGUUGUUUGCCUGGUCUGCGAGCGUUGCGUCGGCAAUAUGUGCCGCGUUUCUGCUUCCACCCGUGUUUGUGCUGGAUCACUACGCUCCCGGCACUUGGCCAGCUGCUGCUCGUCUUGGUGUCUUCCUUCGCGAAAUAGACGCUAUGCGCCAAUCCACUCUAAAUUGUCCGCCGAGCCAAAUUACUGCAACGACAGGGAUGGUAGCGCUGGUGUGGACCAUCCUGAUUGCUGUGCUGGCCGUGCGAGGAAUUGCCAAGCUCGUGUAUUGGCUGUUUUUUGCCACCAUCCAGCCACCCGGCCUCCAACCGGUUGUGAUGGGUCAGCACCUCUCGGCAUUCGCCCGCGAGGAGAUUGCCUCUCACGCUUCGGGCUCUCCGACAGCAAGUUCCCGGCUGGUGUCUGCAGAAGGCGCCAAACAACAACCAAAUGUCAAGCCAAAUCCGCCCAGUCGCGCCUCUGGUUGUGCUCAGCAGGCCUUUCAGAUCCCUAGUGGCAGACAGAGCCCAGGAUAUCUCGUUCGAGCAAUGUUCGGCUCGAAAGGAAAGCCUCGACUUCGGAAGCGAGAUGCACUGCGCUACAUGGCGCGCAGCUUGUUGGCAUCGGGCAAGGCUAUACCUCCUCCUGUGCGUGUGCGCCCGCACGACUUGCCUGCAUCGUUUCUGGAGCCCGACUGCGGCGUUGAUUCGGUCGUCAAUGGCAUGCAGCUGCCCACCGAGAUCAUGUACAUGCUCAAAUCCUGCGAGGCGUUUGGAAAGUCUCUGACCGACCCCGUGUACAUUGAGCUGUACAAGUUUGUGGACACUGUCAAGCUGUCUCCCGGAGAAAAGCUGUUUAGUCUUGGCGACACGGACGACUCGCUGUACAUUGUCGCCAACGGCAGUGUUCAAGUCACCGUUCGCGACCCAACCACGCGUCGGGACCACAUCUUGUACACUGCGGGCAAGGGCGAUAGCGUGUCGAGCAUGCUGAGCAUCCUUGACGUGAUUGCCCAGCGCGAGUCCGUGUAUCGAACCAUUUCCGCGCAUGCCUUGCAGGAGGCUGUCGUCGUGCGACUUCCCGCCAAAGCAUUUGAGCGGAUUUUUCAAAAGUAUCCUGCGUCCAUGAUCAACAUUAUCCAGAUGAUCAUGAUCCGUUUGCAGCGCGUCACAUUCAUGGCGCUGUACAAGUACCUGGGUCUGACAACACCGCUGAUCAAGCAGGGCCGGGAUGAGCAUCGCCCUCCGUGUUGUCCCACAACACACGAGCCCUGGAGCAAGGUGUUUGACGAUAUUCGACACGGCCGGGAUGAACUGCAGCCGCAGUCGUUGAGUCACAGCAACAGCACUGGCACCCUCAGCAACAGCAGCAGCAGCAGCAGCAGCAGCAGCUGCGGUGGCAGCGUGAGUGAAUCCAAGCCUGCCGUAACGACGCCAUUGCCCGUCUCGAGCAACCCCACGCGUGCCGAGCAGCAGGAAGACAAUGUCCCACCACCGGCUCUCGUUUGCCCAACGCUCUUGCCCGCAGAGGCAAUGCCAAAGGGCAACAUGUCACGGUCACAGUCUGUCAGCAACAUGAGCGCUCCGUUGUCUCCAAUCUCGUUGUCUCCCCCUUCGCUUUCACCUUCCGGAACCCCGGAUCCGAAGGAGAGACAUGCCAUGGAGAUUGUCUCGCGGUUGCUCGAGCUUCCAAGUGCUUCGGUUCUGGAAGGGACAGGCCUGACCAUUUCGCGGCUCACUCCGAAUUCCAACAUUAUCGAACAAGGUGAGAAGAACAGUCCGCUGCUGCUUGUCGUGUCUGGCGCGCUGUCCGUCUCGGUGCGUAGUCUCGACAACAACACGGACGACCUUCUGCACACGGCUGAACCUGGAGACAUGGUGGGCGCGCUCUCGAUUCUGACCGGCGAGCCUUCGUUUAUUGCGGUCAAGACGCCACCUCUCCCGCCACGAGCUCCAGCUCCGACCCGAGUCCCCCAACGUGCUGCGGACAAGCAGCACGCUCUCUGUUCGUAUCCAGCCCCGGGAUAUAUCAGCCCGCAGCAUGCCCAGUAUGCCAGUGUGCUCACUCCGACGCUGUCCUUUGGCGGCAACGGCACGAUGCGCGGUCCGGCAACGUCCGUCGUGCGCCCCAAUCCUGUCACGUGGAACUCGGCAAAUCGCGCGAAUGAUUCGACGCCAGUCCCAGCGACGUCCGCCACAGCAGGAACAGCUGAUCCCGCUCUGGCCACGCCGCAUUCAGAAGCCGAUGAGGUGGUUGAAGUGGUCAAAAUCUCGCGGCAACUGUUCGAAGGAAUUGUGCAAGCCUUUCCACAGGUCUAUGUGACGGUCGCUCGGCGCUUUUGCGAGCUCUUGUCUCCAUUCGUGCGCCAAGUCGAUUUUGGUCUCGAUUGGCUGCAUGUGAAUGCGGGCCAGUCGCUGUACAGGCAAGGAGACCCGAGCGACGCCAUUCUCAUUGUUCUGAACGGGCGCGUGCGCUCCGUCGUCCGGCGCGAGAACUCUGACAAGAAAGAGUUCCUCGCAGACUUUGGCCGUGGCGAAAUUGUUGGCGAGCUUGAAGUGCUGACAACCAGCCCUCGAGCGACGAGCAUGCAUGCCGUGCGUGACACCGAGCUCGCCAAGAUUCCCACUGGCCUCUUUCGGAUGAUCCAGCGCCAGCAUCCGCAGGUGGUGGCCCACUUUUCGCGCUUGCUUGGCAAGAGGCUUCUGGGGAAUUACACGUCGGGCGUGCAGAGCGCCACUGCUCCUAAAAUCAGCCGAACCAAUCCGAAAGAAGGCACGGCCGCUGCAACUCGCAAUCUUGCCACAGUGGCCAUUAUUCCUGCAUCGCCGGAUGUGCCCUUGUCGGAAUUCUGCCGGAAGCUGGCAGCCGCUCUUCAGCCCAUCGGCCCGAGUCUGCUCCUCAACGCCAAUGUUGUCCGCAACCUGGUCGGGGAAACGGCGUUUGACGCACACGAAUACCGCCUGGUCUCGUGGCUCGGCCAACAAGAGGAGCAGCAUCGCAUUGUGCUGUACGAGGCAGACUCUUCCAUGACGAGCUGGACGCAGCGCUGCAUUCGCCAAGCCGACUGCGUUCUGGUUGUUGCCUUCGGCGGCAACGACCCAACACCGAGUCAGCUGGAGCAAGGGCUGGCGAACAUGACCUCCAACCGCGCCCAGAAAGAGCUCGUGCUCCUUCACGGGUUGGACGUGCGCGCUCCUGCGCGGACUGCCGAGUGGCUCAACCAGCGCAACUGGGUGAAUGCACAUCAUCAUAUUCGCUUUGAAAAUCACGCGUCGGAGCCGUUCUGGACGGAAGCACAGAUGAACUUGGACAUGGCCCGUCUGGCUCGUCGGCUCACUGGUACCAGCAUUGGAUUGGUUCUUGGUGGUGGAGGUGCUCGAGGUCUUGCGCACCUUGGCGUGCUUCAGGUGCUCGAAGAAGCAGGCAUCCCAAUUGACGUGAUUGGUGGCACGAGCAUUGGCUCCUUUAUCGGCGGAAUCUACGCAAACGAGUGCAAUGCCGCACGGACUGAGACUCGCGCUCGACGACUCUCCACCGAUAUGGGCUCGCUGUUCCAAAAGCUCUUGGACCUGACGUACCCAGUGACGGCCAUGUUCUCCGGGCGUGGCUUCAACCGGACCAUUCGCGGUGUCUUCAAAGAGCAGCAGAUUGAAGACUUGUGGCUGCCUUACUUUUGCGUGACGACCGACAUCAGCACUUCGAAAAUGCGCGUGCACGAAGACGGUUCUCUGUGGCGUUACGUGCGCGCCAGCAUGUCUUUGUCUGGAUAUCUUCCACCGUUGUGCGAUCCACGAGAUGGUCAUCUCUUGCUGGAUGGAGGCUACGUGAACAAUUUGCCAGCCGACCUGAUGAUGAGCACCAUGGGCGCCAACCGUGUCAUUGCCAUUGAUGUAGGAGCUGAGGACGAAACCGCCUUGACCGACUAUGGCGAAGAACUGUCCGGAUGGUGGCUUUUGUGGAAGCGCUGGAACCCCUUUGCGAUUCAAGUCAAAGUCCCAAACAUGGCAGACAUCCAGUCACGGCUCGCUUACGUUUCGUGUGUUCGCCAGCUGGAAGCAGUCAAGAAGGAUCCGAAUUGCCUGUAUGUGCGGCCUCCCAUCGAUCAUUACAAGACCCUGCAGUUCCACAGCAUGGACGAGAUUCAAAAGGUCGGGUAUCAACACGCCAAGGCCCUGAUUGAAGAGUGGAGAGCAAGCGGCCUCGUCCAACAGCUCCUGCGCGGACAAGACCCGCAGUUGUACGAAUUGGCCAAUGCCACAUCCACAACGUCACGGAGCAUUCCCAACCUCAGGUCCCCGGAUGGCCUGGCGAGUGGUCAUCACACCCCACCAUGGAUUGCCAUCUCGGACACGGAAUAGCGGUUUGUUUGGGGGU